AUGGGUCGAACAAACAGUGAUUCUGAAGAAGAAGAGCCACCACGCCCGUCAAAAAGAUUUCAGAAAUCACAGAAAAAUGAUAAUCCUGAGCCUGAAACAACAGAAACAAACAGUACAAGAGAUAUUAAUGUUCGUAAUAAAAUGGUUCGACAACUAUUGUAUGUAAAAUUAAAACGUACAAAAUCUAAAACAAAAUUAAAAGAACGUAAAUUACGUAAAGAAUCAAAUGAACCAAGAGAAAAACCAAAAACAUUGGAAAGUAAACGUCAACCAGAUGAGACAUGGAUUGAUCAAAAUGAUUCGGAAACACUAAAUGAUAUUGAAAAUGAUGAAAUGAGUAAAUAUUUCAAACGUCAAACAGACAAUGAACCAAAAAUACUUUUAACAAGUCAACAAGGAUUUCCAACGUCAUUUACGAAUAAAUUUCUAAAAGAAUUAGCACGUGUACUCCCAAAUACAACAUAUUUUUAUCGUCGACAUCAUCCAAUUAAAAGAAUAAUGAAAAAAAUGGCCGAUGAAGAUUACACUGAUUUAAUCGUCAUUAACGAAGAUCAUGGUAAACCGUCCACACUCUACAUUUCUCACCUACCCGAGGGACCAACAAUGAAAUUUCGUUUAACAAGUUGUCGUUUAUCAAAACAACUGAGAUCGCGUGGAAAAAAUUGUUAUACAAAAUAUCGUCCAGAAAUCAUUUUAAAUCAUUUCAAUACAAGAAUUGGUGUUAAAGUUGGCCGAUUAUUAGCAGCACUGUUUCCACAUGAUCCACAAUAUGUUGGUCGACAUGUUAUUACAUUUCAUAAUCAAAGAGAUUUUAUCUUCUUUCGUCAUCAUAUGUACAAGUUUAAAGAUGAAAAAAAAGUUGGACUUCAAGAAUUAGGUCCACGUUUUACAUUAAAAUUAAAAUCAAUACAAAAGGGUACAUUUGAUUCGUUAUAUGGAGAAUACGAAUUUGUAUUCAAAAGAAAAGAAAUGGAAACAAGUAGAACUAAAUUUUUUCUUUAA